AUGGGUAUUAGAGGAUUGAACAGAUUAGUGGCGGAAAAUGCGCCCAAGGCAAUUCGGUCAAACGAAAUGAAAUCCUUCUUCGGGAGGAAAAUCGCAAUAGAUGCUUCCAUGUGCUUAUACCAGUUUUUAAUUGCCGUUAGACAGCAGGAUGGAAGUUCGCUUACGAACGAUGCGGGUCAUACGACAUCACAUUUGAUGGGAUUCUUUUACAGGACGAUUAGAAUGGUUGGCUAUGGAAUAAAGCCAUGCUAUGUGUUUGAUGGUAAGCCACCAGUUAUGAAAGGUGGAGAACUAGAAAAAAGACUCAAAAGACGUCAGGAUGCCGAAGAAAAGGCAACCAAGGCCAAAGAGGCGGGAGAGGCACAAGAAUUACAGAAAUUUCAGAGAAGAACAGUUCGUGUGACACGAGAACAGAAUGAAGAAGCUAAGCAUCUUUUGAGACUGAUGGGUAUUCCAUAUGUUGAGGCACCAUGUGAGGCAGAAUCGCAAUGUGCUGAACUUGCCAAAGCGGGAAACGUGUACGGUGCUGCAUCUGAGGAUAUGGACACGCUUUGCUACCAGCCCACCGUUUUACUGCGUAAUGUGACUGCUGCCGAGAGCAGAAAGCUUAAAAUAGACCAGUACGACAUCAAGGAGGUGUUAAAAGGAUUUGACAUGACGAUAGAAGAGUUUGUGGAUAUGUGCAUUCUCUUGGGUUGCGAUUACUGCGAGACAAUUAGAGGUGUUGGUCCAGUGACCGCGACAAAAUUGAUAAGGAAGUACAAGUCUUUGGAGAAAAUAGUUGAUGCGAUAAAGCAAGACCCGAAGAGCAAGUUCAAGGUGCCGGAUAACUGGCCAUACAAAGAGGCAAGAGAGCUAUUUUUGCAUCCCGAGGUGAAACCAGGCUCGGAAAUAAACUUAAAGUGGGAAGAGCCGGAUGUAGAGGGGUUAGUGCAAUUUAUGGUGAAAGAGAACGGAUUCAGUGAACAGAGAAUUCGAGACGGUGCUGCCAAGUUGAAAAAGGCACUUAAAGGAGGAACCCAGGGCAGAUUGGAUGGAUUUUUCAAGGUUUCAGGCUCCGUCAGUUCAGGCAAGAAAAGAACUGCUUCUGAUUCCAAGGAUAAGAAGAAGAAGAGGAAAACUGGACGUUCUAGGCGUUAA